GCGCAUCAUGGCAUCGCUGUCUCUGAGUCGCCAUAUAAUGGUAUUGCCACCCCAUAUACGCGCUCUAGCAAUGAAAGAAGCCUUUCUCGCAACCUCAGCUCGCACAUUCACCAGAACCCACGCAACCUACAACACAAACAUCCACCCCGAACCAUCCUCCCAAUCCUCCGUGAACGCAACCGAAGUCUCCCACUUCAACACCCUCGCCUCAUCAUGGUGGGACUCACACGGUCCAAGCAGACUCCUCCACCUCAUGAAUCCUCUCCGACACAAAUUCAUAAAAAGCUGCCUCAACGGAACUCCACAUCAGAAACUACGCUUUCUCGACAUAGGCUGCGGAGGCGGCAUUUUCGCAGAAAGUGCGGCACGACUGCCCUACGCCAAAAGUGUCACGGCAAUCGACCCAACACCCGAAGUCAUCACCGUAGCAAAAAGACAUGCGAGACAAGACCCAUUACUCUUGCCUGAAAACGGGAGACUCGAAUAUAAUAAUAUCCCAAUCGAAAAUCUCCCGCCUGAGGAACAGUACGAUAUCAUAACACUAUUCGAAGUCAUCGAACACAUUCAACAACCAUCUCCAUUCCUCAAAACGGUACUCCGACAUUUGAAGCCUGGGGGUUGGUUGAUUGGUUCUACGAUCGCAAGAACGGGGACCAGUUGGUUCACGACGAAAUUCAUGGCUGAGGAGGUUUUAAAGAUGGUUCCGAGAGGGACGCAUGAGUGGAGUCAAUAUAUACAACCUCAUGAGAUGAGGGAGUGGGCGAGGAGUCAGCAAGAAUUGCUGGAUGUGAGUGUGGGUGGAGAUGGGUGGAGGCAGAUGGGAGUAGUUUAUGUGCCUGGAUUGGGGUGGAAGGAGAUUAGUGGGAGCGAGGAUUGGGGGAAUUAUUUCUUUGGGGUGAGGAGGAGAGAUGAUUGAGAGAUGAGGCCAGGACGUAUUUCGUCGUAAAUACUAACCAUGCUCUACAUACGUAUCGCUUGCCGCACGCGUAACCCUCACCUCUACCACCUCCAAGAUCUAACGACCGAGCCAUGAGCCACCAACCCCAACCCAUUCAUUAUUCCACAAGCCACCCCAUCUUCACGAUGGUGACGACAUCCCAGGAACCGACAAUAAGCCGUGCCCGAUGGGGAGGUUUGGAAGACGAACGAAGCGACCGGUGCCGAAGCAUGGCAAACUGUUGUUUGUCUUAGACUCUUCUCACACCUUCUGCAACGUGAAAGACAUAGCAAACAAGAGGAAAUACUAAUAGUAGCCUCCUAGUUAGUGUUAGAUAGAUCAUCCAUUUUCAUUAGAGUUCACACUU